AUGCACAAAGCCAGGAGCGUCCAGAUGGGUCGGAGAGGCGGAGGCCCGAGCCCAUGGGAAGUCUGGGCCGGUGGCCCACUGUUACAGGCGCUCUGGGGUGGCGUUCCAGGGCACAGGCAGAAAAUGGAAGACCAACCAAAGGCCUUCCCUGAUCGAUUCGGUGAGCUGCGGACGCGAGUGAUGCCGACGACUCCCAGUCCCCGGGGCUCCCUGGUCACCUCCACUCACUUCAGCACUCAGGUUACCGCACAAGGCACGUCGGACUUGAGCUCCUUCUCGGACCCUCGCCAGUUUGACCGCUCUUUCUCCAGCCUCCCGGGCCUCCCCGAGCCCCGCUUCUCGGACCCCAGGAUGCACUACCCGGGGGCCAUGCCGGCCGCCUUCUCGUACACGGCCAACCCCUCCCCCACGGGCAUCGGCGGGCUCAGCAUGACGGGCAUGCCGGCGGCCACGCGCUUCCACCACACGUACCUCCCGCCCCCCUACCCCGGCUCCACGCAGAACCAGAGCGGGCCCUUCCAGGCCAACCCCUCCCCCUACCACCUGUACUACGGCACCUCGUCCGGCUCCUACCAGUUCUCCAUGGUGGCCGGCGGCGAGCGCUCGCCCACCCGCAUGCUCUCCUCCUGCACCAGCGCCGCGGCGGGCAACAACCUCAUGAACCCCAGCCUGGCCAGCCAGAGCGACGGCGUCGAGGCCGACGGCAGCCACAGCAACUCCCCAACGGCCAUGACCACCCCGGGGAGGAUGGACGAGUCCGUGUGGAGGCCGUACUGA